GGCAUCUGUUUUUUUCCAAAUGAAUACAGGACGGAUUUUUUUUUCUUUUUUUGUAGUUCAUCACUGGCACUAUAAACAUUAGUGAAACGUGUAAUGAAUUCAUAAUGGAAAGCGCUUGUGGAGUUUACAAGUAUUUCGUUGCAACUAAGAGAGGGUAACUCGGAUAAAUUCCGUUCAAGACUGAUUGAUGUUCCAUUUUGACGCCAUAAGUUGCUUGUGUGGGAUUUUGAGCUGAAUGAAACAGGUAUAAAAAACGGUUCAUCACAUAGCGUGCGCGAAAGCAAAUAUUUAUUGCUUCACGUCACUUUUCAAGUAGUUUUGAGAUCGAAGUGUUUGUUAUAUUAUUUGUAAAAGUACGCUCUUACUUAAUUUUCCGUCCAAUUCGAAUCAGAUAUACAAGAUUAUUUUCGAAAAGUGUGUUCCUUUUAAAAUUAACUCCGUGAUUUUUUUAUCCCAGGUGAAAAAGCAAUAAACCGAACAUAAGUUAUUUUAAAUUUGAGCACAUUAUAAGUGAAUAUUUUUAAAACGCAGUAAGCAAUUACUGUGUAUGUUCAUAUUUAAUAUGCUUUGAAGUCCAUACUUGACUUCUACGACUUACUCAGUCCACUUAUCAUGUCAAAAAUAAUACAUCAAUUCCAAGACUUUUUGAAUGCUACAUAUUGCUGCUUAAUGAAAACGCCUUGCUUUUACGAAAACAUUUUCAUGACAAACACGCAACAAGGCACUGUCUGGGGCAUGGUAGACCCAGCAGUUUAAAGUUAAGGAGAUUAAUUGUAAUCCUUCAUUUCUCCGAAUUUUUACACGCCUUGUUUUUAACAUUUGGUCUAAACAGAUAAUAUUCAAGAUUUUUCCCAGGCAGUUUUUCUCCGGCAAGUUUCCAGGGGAAUGUUGCAGAUGCUUAUACAAGUAUUCUCUCUAAACAGAAAUAUAUUACUGCUUCGAUGACACUUUUAGGCUUUACAAAUACAGACGAUUUUUGCUGAGUUAAGAAACUGCUCUUUCACCAGAAUGCUAAAGAAGUAAAUAGUUUCAUUGAUAUCAUAAUUUUGCAGUUAUCGUGCGAGGUUUUCGUUUACACCAAAAAAUUAAGACACUUUCUUUCAACGUACACAACGUGAUUAAAACAUUACUGAAACGUUCUUGGGUGAUUUAUUGAAGGUUGGCAACCACACUCCUUCUGGAAGUUUCAUUGGUGGCUGCGAGAACCAAUCAAAUCCACUUAAGAGGCUGGCGGUGCUACAAGGUUUUCCUGAGCGCGAUAGGAAAGAAAAACAGUCAACCAUUGAGCUCUGGAAUUAACACAUGCGAGGACAUUCGGUGGGUAUAUUUUUGACUUUAAAUAUUAGUUCUUUUGAUUAUUUAAACAAAAAAACGACAUGUUAUCAUUGACUUAUUCAUUGAUUUAUUCUGUAUCUUCAAAUAUUGGCGCUUUUUAGAAAAGUUUCACGCUGUGCCGAUCCUUAGGGAAUUUUACGCUUCAACUGUUUCUCAAGAGGUUAGAAACCUUAUGAUGGGUCCCCGACUUUUUCGGAAAAUAUAAGCGCGUUUUUAUCCAGACCUUUUUUUCCUACCUUUAAUAAAGUUCUUCAGAACGCUGUUUUUUCCUAAUAUUCAUGUUAAAUCUCAGAUGCAAAGUUUCUUCGUUUUCUUGUGUCUUGCUGGGUUUUUAAUUACAUUUUCUUUUACCAAAAAGGGAAAGAUACAUUUUCGUUGGGUAUCGAAGUUUCUGUUGGUUGUACAAAAAUCUCUCUUCGUCUGUGGUGAAAAAAAAUUGUCGUAUUUCAACCCAUGUCACUUACAUGCCUUUCAAGUAAAUCUCAUAUUUCACUUAUUUCCCCGACUGAUAUUUUACAAUUGUUUACUUGGUUACUAGCAUGAGAUAAGGAAAUAUGUCGCCUUGAAGUCGCCACAUGUAAAAAUAUUCACUAAUUAUUUUACGACCAGUUGUCGCCUUUGAUUAACAGAUAGAAAAUUUCUAAAUAAUCUGUAAUUAAACUUGAAAAGUCAAGUUAAAUGAAAACCCAUCUCCUGCAAAAUCUGAGGGAGGGAUCUCGGUAAAUCUUGUCUCUUUUUUGCAUGUAACUUGUUUUAGUAAUUGAAAGGAUUUUAGGCAAUGGGUAAUUAUUGCCUUUACCAGGUUAAGACCCCGUGUGGUUUAAUUUGUUUUGACAUCAAACACUUUUCAUUUUUAAAUUACACUGUUGAGAUGCUUCUUGUCAGGCGAGGCGUCUCCACGCUCAAUUGCACGGAGAAGAAAUAUAAGCUCCUCGCAGACAGCUGAACCCAUUUAGUACUUUGACAUCGGUGGUAAGUCCAAUACUUGUGACCAGCCGCAAAACAUGUUUACGUUAAAAAUAAUUUUUAUAGUCUCAACAACAUCAUGGAGACGUGGUUGUAUUCAAGUACGCGGACAACGAUGCACGUAAGCAAUAUUGAACUAAUCGACUUUUUUAAGCCAAAAGAUUAUGAUUGAAACUUGAUUAUCAUGUGUAGUCGCUUAACCCCAAAGCUAGUCAUUAAGGUUUUUGUCACUCUGGAGCACAUGUGUUGAUCAGGGAGUUUAAACGAUUAGCGUAAGUGGUAAUUAUAGACUUAAAGAACUUAGGAUUGGAUUCAAUUUCAUUUCAUUGCAUGUUACGAAUUUUAUAAGAUUUUCAUGAAAAUUUUUUGUUUCCUUCUCUAAGAACCGAGAUUAGGUUCACACAGAAGGAACUUUUACCCACAAAUUAUACACGUGUUUUUUCAGUUUUACACAAUUUGUCGUAAUCUUCCACAACAAUUCACGUUAAGCUGACACCCGGGGAUUAAAAGUUUCAUUGUCUCUGCUUAUAAUGAAUUAGCUUAAAAACACUGGAGCGAAAAAGCCGUGAAAAAUAAAACCAAUUUUCGUUUUUGGACUUGGUGAGAUUUUUAAGCACUAAAUGCAAUCGUCAUUCAAAGUUCACACAAAGAAAGCAACAAUUUUACGGCUUAAGAAUUAUCAUGCAAGUUUCGCUUUCCUAUGUUGCGUGCUUAAUUAUGUAUAAGGCGCCUCCCUUGACCGUAUUUACUUUGGUGAAAAUUAAAAAAAAAACUUCAAAAAGAUGCUAAAAUUGAUUAAAAGGACAGCAGUUCAAGUGCUUUACCCACAGCGAGACACAUCGGUUUUUCUUAACGUCCAUCUUCUUUUGAACUCAAAACGAGAUAUGCUCACUCCGUUGAAUGAGGGUGGAGACUUGUGAAACUUGACGAAAAUCGUUGAGCGAUUCCAAGAAGUCGUUAAUUUACUUUAUAAAAAAUUAUGAACAUUGCAAAUAAUUAUCAAAGCACUCGAAUGUAGUCACCUAACCAACGCUAUAACAUCAUGACUUAAAGAGGAUAAUUUUUGCACCCUUAAAUUUAUUUUGUCAUCAGGAUUUGAACAGAUCGCUGUUUAUUGGUGAAAACAAGUUACGUUUGUUGUACGUGAAAUGAUUUAAUACUUAAAUUUCAAGUGUUGGAAAUUGAUCCUAAUUUGUUCGUCAAUAUAUUAAACUCCGACGCCUGUACAGCGUUAAACAUAUCAAUGAGUUGAAGCUUUAUGGAAACAUCGCAGUUUGAGUCCACGGCGGACUUUAAUUAACAUUUUCUUCCACACGUAACUCGUUGUUCUCCCAUUUUUUUCUUUCUGUAUUCUCCAGAUGGCAUUUACACUUAGAAUUUAGUAACUAAUUAGCAAUGAUUUCUGAAGAGACAACUGAACCAUGUAAUUUCUCUCGUCUUCAUGCCAAAUUUCUCGUUCCUAGUCUUAGAUGAUUUCCAAAGGGCAAUAACACCUCUUACAAUUUGGCAACAAAUUUACGGUGAUUUUUGGAGACAAUUGAACUAGUGGAAAACCCAGUUCUUGAAACCCAUUAAGCUCUAAAGUAAAACUUAUCUUCACCUGGCCUGUAAAAGGUGCAGUGAACUUCUUGCGUGCUUUGUUAUCAUAAAAAUCAUGGUGUGAUACGAAUGACAAAACUUCAAAGCUUUCUUUAUUAGUGGUGAUACAUUGUCGAAAGCUGUGAGUAUUUUCUUCGAGCCUAUACUUUAGUUUUCUAAGUUCAAUUGUAUCACAUUUCAUUUUCAUCCCACAUAUCAUAGAUUCGUGUUUAAAAAAUCUGUUCAUAAUAUUGGGGGUUUGACUUAAGUGAAAAUAAUUACUUCAGAAAUUAAACCUUUACCCCGAGGGUUCGUCCCUACUCAGUUUUCUUUUAUGUAAAAUUGAACUCAUUAAAAAUAAUAUUUGUGAAGUCACAAUAGUUGGAAAAUUGGUUUUUUGUGGUCGAACUGCUUUAUUAGUUUCAUAUUGGGGGAUACACGUUUAUUUUUUUCCGAUGUUUUUUUACAGCCUGUUUUGAAAAAAAAAACAGUUUUACCUAUCCUAAUUUUCUAGAGUUUUUUAAUCAAAAUUUUGCCAUGGGUAAUUCGUUGGAAAAUCUUUGUCGAUCGUCUAGUACUCUCAUCAAAAUACAUCUAUUGUUGAAUUUUAAACCAUUCAUUAAAUUAUAAAUACAGCUGGAUAAAUUGUGAUAUGAUAUAUUAAGCAGAAUUGAUAUGAGAUCGUCCCAUUCAUAUGGCUGUCGGGAGACGUUAAUUUUUUAAAACUGCUUUUGCUAUUAAUGUUCUGCGUUAAUUUUGCAAUGAAAGUUCAAUCGAAUUUUUUGCGUGUCUUGGAAAAUGAACGGUUGCAAGCUUCUGGUUGAGUUUCGAUUUUUGUCAGUAAAUUGAAUUCAAUCUACACGUUUUUAGCAAUAUAUGAAUUGUUGCUAUAGUAACAUAAAUGCAGAUUGCGACAACAAUUAGGAGGAUUUCAAAAGACAUAAGUUUACAAUAGGAUUCUAUGUGAAAUUUCCAAGAUGUUCUAUGUACCGAUUUGGUUACUGAUUUCCUCUUUAAAAAAAUCGUUCUCUUCAUGUUCAACAAAGUUGUGGAAACAUCUGGAGUGACUUUUAGUAAGUGAGAUGACAUAGCGUUUUUUUACAUCGAUUUAAAGCCUUUUUACGUUUUAUUAGAAGGCUGCAAUAUAUUUUGUACAUAAUUUUUGCGACACAACAAUAGCAUCCUCGCAAAUGGUCAUAAAUCGUCUUUGAUUACAUUCCUCAUUGUCAAUGAUAUUUACAGUCAAACAAUGGGUUGGACGAUCUUUUAAAGAAGACCGUCCAGAAAAUGCAGGUCGUUGAAGAUGGAUCCAUCCAUUAAAGUGCUUGUGAAAACCAAAAUAGAUAAAUUCAAAAGAAGAUGAUUGCAUCAACUGGAAAAUUUCGAUAUGAGCUUUAUUGUCUGAUCUUUGUUUUAAUUAUGUUCUCGACGAGACAAAAUUUUCAUCAUGUGAAUCUUUCUUUAACUAGAAAACAUUUGAAUUUAUCCAUGAGAACCAGUAAUUAAAACUAUAUUUAUACAGAUAUUUUUCAUUUCGCCCGUGCAGUCACCUUCAUUUGGUUGUUAAAAUAAUUGUGAUAUUAGCGUUGUGUCGAUUGCUUUGUGCCAGACAUGAGUCAUAGUGAUAAUUUUGCUAGAGGAAACUUUUAAUUUUCUGCGAACUCGGAAUAAGCAAAUAAUCAUAACAUUUACAAGCAGCUGAAGGUAAAACUUACAUCCGCCGAAAGCAAGAGGGUGUUGAAAUGUUCAAAGAUUUUCCGAUGUCCAUGAGUUUUGUUGUAUGCCUAAGUUUUUGCAAUAUUGACAAUUACAUGGAAACCGAACAGCUUUUGUCUAAAUUGAUCGCGGAAUAAAUGGGCCAAGGCAAGUGAUUUUCCUUCAUUUCCAAGCGAAUCGUCAACCAGUGAUUUUCAUCGCCAAAGGUAAAAGCAUGAAUUGUUACUUUCACAUCGAUAGAUGCUCAGAUCAGCUGUCAGUUGUUCACAAAGACAUAGAUUUUAGCUAUUGGCUAGUAAAUGUCUUCUGUUUUAUCCCCUACUUUCGUACAUCAGUGAUUAUGAAUACAGUAUUGUUGUAAAUAUCCUUGAUGUUGAUCAUCUUAUUCGCUAAUUUGAAUACUUCGUAUUUUGAAAAACAUUUCGACGAAAGAUAGAUAACUAUCCUUAAAAAGUCAAAUGUGAUACCAAAACCAUGUGUUGCGGUGCGCGCACUGAGAGCACACUGCAAAUUAAAAUGCUCAUAUUCAAACUGAACUAAAUUUCCAAGAAACAGAAAUGUGAGCAGUUCUCAUAAUGCUUUCAAAAUCAUUGGUGUCUACUAAAUUAAAUUAGAUAUCUUUCCCCUUUUUUUUCCUUCUCUUAAAAAGGGCUUUUCCAAUGAAAUUCUGAAUCGCGAAAAGUAUCAUUAACUUUCUUUUUCAGAUUUUUUCAGUGUGCCGCAAAAAUAAAACAAAAAAAAAUUAGAUAGAAAAAGGAACUGUCGCUUGAUUUUAAAUGUUCGGAUAGAACCAAAAUCCGGUCAAGCCAUGAUUGUGAAGUGAGCUGCAAGAAUUUUUUGUCAUCGAUUGUCAUCGAAAGGAAAUCGACUUGAGCGUUCGAUAUCUCUUUAGCUUUUUUUUUUUUUUUAAUGUUUUAUCUGUCACAGUUACCCGUCUCCGAGUUCACAGGCCAGUAAUAGAAUUUUUAUGGUAAAAUUCUUCAGAUUUAUCAUUCGCGUGAGGCGAGAUAAAUCUUGACGUUCAGGUUGCUUCAUUUCAACAGAAAAGCCUCAGGCAAAAAUAAGCUAGCCUUUCAUGGAUGACAAAAUUACAAUACGGUUCUUAGUUUGAAGGAGUAUUUUUACAUCGUAUAUUAUCAGAUUCCAGCGUACCAGCUACAGCUUUUCGCUGAUAGAAUUAUUUUGUGAAAAUGGAAAAAAAAGGAGAAGCUAUGAAAAUGUAUAAAUUUCUGAAUAUUUCCAAGGCAGAAUUGAAUAGAUUCGAAAUAAAAUACGUUUUCGUUAAGAAAAGUAUAUCAAUUUGUUAGAAGCAAUUCUUAAAAAUACUGAUGGUUGUCUUAUUUCAAACGAGCCACACGUUUCUGAAAUAACACGAGGAAAGGACAUUAACUUCAAUGCUUUGAUGUUUUAAACACAAAGUUGAUGUUAGAGCACAGCUUUGCGGGAUUUCCGCUAGUCGAAAGAAAUUGUCGCAUAAAAAAAAAGUCUAAGCGUAACUGUGUUUGUAUUUUGGGAAAGAAUUCGCUAGCAUAACAGAAAACAAGAUUGAUAUGACAGCUGCUAUGUAAAACUUCAUUUAUAUAUAUAUAUAUAUAUUUACGAUCCAUCAAAUAUGUUUGAGCGUGCGCGAUGGGUCUAAACGCGGCAUGUGAUCGAAUAUCCCGCAGCUAAAACUGGGUGAUAUCCGAGAAUAUCACCCAAGUGAUAUCGCCCAAUUUUGAAAACUUCCGUCCGUUACGAUAAGUCUUCUUUCAAAAAUUCAUUUCAAGAUGAGAAAGCGUUUUGUGGUUGUUACAGAAGAAGGGAGAUAUUUUUUUGUUCAUAAAGUUGAUACCAGAGAGCACUCAAAAGAACACAUCUCACGCUUCAUUCAGUCAGCUGUUCGUUCACAAUUUUUCACGCUCGUUGGAAAAUAUUUGAAGGAUAAUAAACACAGUAGCCUCUAUCUUGGAACAGAUAAUGUCUGCGGACAAACAUCCAUAUACGCAAAGAACUCUUUGGGAGCCUCCUAUUUCGGUCCCUUAUCUUACUCCCUUUCUUGCAAAGGGCCCCCCUAAAAUGAAGGAAGGGGACCCACUGAGCCCUCUUCGGCCAAUUUCUAGAAUAAAGGGAGUAAGCUUCUAAAGAAACUGUGUUGCUGCGUGGGGGAAAGUUGUGGGUUGUGUGUGGGUUUAUGGGCAGAAAAUGGAGCUACGCUAUUGGUGGGAAUAUUGUGACAAGAAAAAAAAGAAGUAAUAAGUCGAAUGAAAAGUGCUCGUUGAUACCAUGGGGAUCGAGAGUGCCGAUUUGGAAGAUUUUUGUUCUAAAGUUUUGUGUCUUUCCGUUUCGUUUCCGUUUCGCCAAUUUCUAGAAUAACCCUUGUUGAUGAUACUUGUUUCUCUGACCUUAGGUGUGACCUCGACGCGCCAAGGUUAAACGUGCUUAGACAUUGCAAGUAGUAUCAAUUUGCAAUCUGUGGAUAAGAUUUAGGGUCAGAUACUGUGCAUAUUUUAAUCGAUCCCAAAACUUUGCAAAAAAUGACCAACCAAAAAUUUGAAAAUAUCCCAACUCAAUUUUAAGUCUAUGAUCAACUAUAACAAUUGAGAAACUUCAUCUCCUUAGUCCUUAUUUUAUUAACGAUUGCUGAAAAAAAAGUUAAAUAACUUAUUCCUUAAAAACAUGUGCGACAGAAAAGGCGAUGGGUUGAUGACGACAUCAUGUUUUCAGCAGUGAGGAAAUUCAAAAUUAGUGAACACAUUUCUAGGUAAUGGUAUAUUUGUCAGUAUUUCUGAAAUUUAAAAAGUCCCAAAACAUUCUCUCUUUAAGAACGCGAGGUUGCGGUAUUUUAAGGGGGCACUGACUAUUUACCUACAAGCUCUUAACUUCCAAAGAUCAGCGCAAAAGUGUUCAUUUUUCAGCAAAACAUAGCCACGGCUACAUUACAAGGAACACUGAAACCUUUCGAACAAAUUGAAAGAUGUUUUUUUUAAGUUAGAAUUUUUUUAAAGGAAGAGCAGUGUUGCGUCGGUUGGCUGAUAGAACAUUUUUGCCGUUUAUCAUUAAGUAUUAAUGGGAGUUCACAUAUGUCACUUCUUCAACCGAACAAAGUGCAGUCCAUCUUCUUUCUCCUUCAGUUCCGAGUUCGAUCCGUCGCAAUAUGCCUUUCGUUUUUUCUUUCUAUUUACACAAGCCACCUUUUUUUGAGUGCGCGCUUGUUUCAUUUGAGUUCGUCUACAGUUUUACGCCAUUCAUGUGAUAUUCGAGGCAAUCCAAUUACCAGUUGAUCAAUACUGAAAUAAAUUGCGUGUCCUCGGCGUGGCCAUAUGGACUGAUGUCUGGGUGUCCCGCGGUUGUUUCUUCCCCCCCCCCUCUCAUGUUGUGUCUCGCCUUGCCCUCUGAAGGGUCUCAGGUGAGUUGAAAAAAAAACACAAAGCUUUGGAUUCAAUUUAAUCUUGUUUCUGCAAUGAAAAACAACUUGCAAACAAGACGUGGCGGUAGUGGAAAUGCUGACAUGUUCCAGAGCAUUUUUAGCGAUUAAUUUCUUUUAGUGAGGGCGGACGACAAAACAUUGAAAAGACGAGAUGACACCAUUUCUUCUUGAAAGCAGAAAGAGAUAAGGAAUUCAAAAGGAGACCUACCGGGGGGUCUUAGAAUUUAACAUCGUAGUGCAUUAAUAUUCCAUAUGAGGCAUGCGUUACUUGAAGUGUUGUACGUGCUUAAUUAAAGACAGUGUGCUCUGCGUUUUCAAACAGACACCAGAAACCAAUGAAAAGAACAAGCAAAUUACUGUCAUAGUGAAACGUAAAACGAGGAACUGUCUUGGGAACUAUGGAAUCUCAUUUUUGCCUUUUUCCUAAAAGCUGAAAUUUUGUAUUCUUCGCUAUGAUCAUAUAAUUGUUUCUUUCAAAGAAUGUUGUCUGUGCUCUCGAGUAAACAAUUUGGCUAGAGAGUGUUUUUCGGCGCUCGAAAGACGGAGUAUGAAUUUUAAAAUGGUUUUAUUACCUGUGAUUCUCUUGGUUUUCUCUGUGUUUGCAUGUGCAUGAUAAAAUUACCGAACGCAACCCUGAAUAUUUUGCGUAAAACGCUUUACAUCAUUUGUGACGUUAGCUUUGCGUUUGUUAUUAUCAUAUGCACUUCGUAUUGCGGGCUUUUAAGUGUCAAAUUAAUGUUGAAUGAGCUCACCUCACUUUUAAUACUUAAGUGACAGGUGAACAGAUGUGCAAUUCUUUAAUACAUUGACCCUGGGGGUUACGAAAUCAAAGGAGGACUCAAGUUUCGGGAUAAAACUAAUGGAGUGUUUGCUACAGUGAGCAAACAACUUCAAAGUUUCAUUUUAUUAUGGAAAUUCGUUCAUUUUUGAUAUGGAGGUCUUGACUUUUGCGUAGACGUAAAAUAAAGAUGACAGCUUCCCUAUGGCGAAGAAUAGCCUUGUAAACUCGUUAAUGACCUGUGUCGAAUGUAUAAGAUGAAAGUCACAAUUACGAUUUGUGUCUCUCACUCUUACAAAUCUAUCAUUUAGAAACCUUUCCAGACCAGUUAUAGAAGUGAACCUUAUUUAAACAGAUUUAAAAUAUUAAUUGUCUCUAUUUAGGAACAGGAAAUUCGCGCUCGUAAACUAUUUUUCACUCCGCGUGGCUCAUAUGCUAAAAAAAAUAUACAGAAAAUCACUCGGUAGUCGUCUGUAAUUGUUCCUCCACUCGACCAUUAAGACAUCAAUUUGCAUACGUUGUUGCCGGCGGAACUGAAGAGUCAAAGCAGAUCUGGUCAAGUCUUUUCUCGUUCUAUUCACAUUAGGGCCAAAACAAGUCUUACCAGACCCCUUUUUUUUGAUUCAUUAAAACUGCAACUUAAGUCACUUGGCAACUUCGACUCCCAAGGGCCUGCAGAUUUUGUGAAUUUAACGAGGCCAUUUAAGUGACCAUAACGGAUUUUUCGCGAUUUUAUUUCGUUCACUUUACUAAAGGUAAGAUGUUGUUGUGCUCGUUUCGUUGAUGAUUUCCUUAAUUGAUGUCUGUUGAACAUCUUGGGAAAUAUUUGAAAAAAUGUGCAGGUUAACAAGCACCUUUUUUCAGCUGCGUCAUUCGCGAAACUUUUAGUCGACGGUGAAAUUUAAUUUCAGUCUAAACUUGUGCUGGUGUUCUGUGUAAUUCUUUUAAAAUGUGAAGUAAUAACGUUCUCUGUAUAUUUAGAGAAUCUACCAUCAACAGGUUUAAGGAGUUUGGGUACCAGAUGAUAGAUUUUGGAAGUUCUUUGGCGCGGAAUUUAUCUUUAUCUCGAGUGUACGUUUCUUUGUUUGAAACUUUCACUUUAACAAUAUUGUGUAAACAUUUGGAAAACUCAUCCGCUUAGCUGAGAAGAACAUAUAUGGCCUCAUUCGAUCCGAAUUUGUAAAGUACAUCGAUAAACUCUCUUAAUGAGCUCGUCCAUAAAAAUUAUAGCUCGUUCGACCAUAUUGACAAGGAUUUUUGUCUAAAUUUUUGUUUAAUCUAAGACACAAGGUUAAAUAUAUUCGAACUUUCAGUUAAUGAACUUAGUAAAAAACUACCAGCGUCCAUAAAUAGAUUUAAUGGUCGUUCUCUGUUCAGACAAACCAGCGCCAGCAAAUUGUACCCUUAACUACUCAACAUCGCGAACUCUGUGCUGAUUUGGCGCAACUUUGUGUUAAUGUGGGAAGAAACGGAGGAAAUGGUGUAUGAAAAUUAAAUUUUAGAGAAAAGGAAUAUUCUUUUAGGUUAACAAUUGUGCUCGUGAGCCUUUUUUUAAAGAAAAAUCCAAUGGGAGUAUUUGAACUGUGUCGUUCACAACACAGCAAUUAAAAAAAAAAAUGGCCGAAUCAUUGUUGCAAUUAAGCAAAUACGACAAAGAAAGAAGAGUCGAUUAAAGCGGCUCUCUUGAAUGCAAGAGAAAUCGAAGUCUUGACAAAUUACCGGAGGUAGAUCAUGAUCCCGUUCGUGGUAAUCUCGAUUCGAUUCAGCUGAUGGUUUUCGUUUACGCAGCCAAAUAUGAAAAACGGAUUCAGAAAUCAAAAUGAAACCUUUGACAGGUAUAAUUUGUCAAAACGUUUGCUCUUGGUCGAAGCUUUCUUUGGUUAUCUGGCGGUAAAGUCAACAUGUGUACAUAGAUAGCAUACAAACAACAGCGUGAUGCAUUUGUUUCCAACCUUGUCGUUUCGGUAGAUUUAAUUUGCUUAACCUCUCUGCUAAUCCUGGAUCAUUCUUCGAAACAAACCAAUAAAAAAAGAAGAUAUUUUUCACAGCCAUGAGCAAUUUGGUGCCCAUCUGACAUGCACGUUCAGAAUCGAAUUUUCCCGAGAAGAGAAAGGUAUGCUUAUCACCAUCUGUUUCAUCACAUUUUAACUGCAAAUUGAAAACAUUACAAGAUUUGUAAAAGAUGUAAGCGAAGUGUAUUUAAGUUUCUGCUUCUGAAACCGUUUCUCUUACGGGAGUUUUUAAAUGAAACCUCAUCCGCGUUGAUUCUUCGGUUGUAAUCUACUCAUAUUCUGAUUUUUCUAAACAGACUUAAUCGAAAUAAUUUCAAUUUAAUACUCAACUUCUUCGUCAAUUGCCAAGCAUAUCUUUCCAUUGCUUCUAAACUGUGCGCCCAGAAUAAAUUGGGUGCAAACACCUUGUUGGCACCCAACCUCGAUCCAUAGAUAUGAGUGCAGCGGUCUUAUUCCUGCCAAGCAUCUUGACUGAAACAUGGAAAUUUCAACUUAUUCAAAGAAAUAUUGACUUGUGUUUACUUUCGAAACACGAAUAUUGCCCACGCAAUUUUAGAAAACUAGCUUCGUCGAAGGCCUCUUACUUGAAAGUCAUCGGAAAGUGCUUCCUUUUUUUUGUUCAGCAUACGCGCCCUGACGUGAAAACCGUAGUUGAGUUAAUCCCGUAGCCAAUAAAAACCUUGUACCUUAUGGUUAUUUUCGUCAUGCCGCGAAUAACCUUUUGAUCUUUCGAUGAAAACACUUGUUUUUAUGUUCCAAAACAGAAUACCGACCUACCUUAAACAACCAAAGAGGUGUAUUUUUUUCUCCUUCUUAAUUAAAAAAUAGUUUACGAUAACACGCAGAUGAAAUCGGUAUUUCCGCCAAAGAUUCCCAUGUGUUGUUGUGUUUAUUCUUGUUGGUAAUAACGAAGACAUUUGAAUAGGUUACAGACGAACGUCAUUCAAUCCAAUUACAUUCGUGCGUGUGCAUGUUGUGCUUAUUCUAAUUUGAUCAUUACGCUCGAAUUAAAAACGAACGUACAUGUACAAGUGGGCAGAUGUUGAAUAAAUAAAACAGCGACGACGGAAAGAUCUCUUGCGCCAAAUCCUGUUUGCAGAAGUCGUUUAAUAUCUAUCUUGUUCGGUAGUCCGUACGUCACUUUUUGAGUUAGGGCUUGUCUCCGACGCACAGAGCAGCCGUCAAAAGGUUACCUUUACUUUGAGUUGAUUGUGUCCUUUGAGGUGAGAGAAAUCACAAUUUAAAACUUAAUCUAGUUCUUGUCGAAAGAUAUCAGAAAUGACGCUCAUGAUCUGCCGCUGAACUGGUCGUUUGUAAUGCUUCUCAAAGAUUACAGUUGUACGUGUGCUAGACAACAUUUUUUUCUAUUUUCCUAUUAUGUACAACAGUUGAAAUUUUUCCCCAAAUCGUUGGAUAUAUAUUGCUUUCAGUAAUAUAAAUAGUGGUUUUAUGUUCGCUUUUUGCAUCAUAUAGCGGAAUUUCCGUUGAUUAAACAUUGGUUUCAAUGGUUGUUGAUUAAAAGGCUCUCCGAGGCAGUUAAAAAAUUGAAAGUGGACAUGAAAACUGUGAUCUAAACUAAAGAAAAAAUAUUUCAGUUUUACGAGUGGUAAUGAGCUAUGGCCUGCUGAUCUGGUUUUUUUUUUAGGGUCUUUUUCACUUUUCCAUUUUUGAACGGAUUUUAGAAGAAAAAUGUAUUGAAAGGUGUAUCGUUGAACGUGAAUUGGAUUUACACUAUUACUAUUUGGAAUGUGUUUUUUAGUUGUCAUGAUUUGCUUUGUUUUAUUUUUAUUUUUGUUGGUAUUAAAAUUCAAGUGCCAGCAAAUUUGAUGAAAACCCGAAUGAUAUUUUAGUUUCUGUGACAAGUAUUAAUCCUUCAAAAUUGUCAUAGUUUUGAACAACUCUAUAACAAAACUUAACAUACCCCAUAGUCAGCAGAUCAACUUUGAGUUUACGAAGAACUAAGUGUAUAACCUACACAUAUUUGAUUCCUAUUAUUAUAUUCGAUUUGCUCUUUUUUUCUCAAAGUUAUAGUUAAUUUGUUGAUUUUAUUUCAUUUUGUAAACGUUUCCGAUAAAAUACAUGUACAGAAUCAAACGAGUCGUACCCUACAACACAGCAUAUACGUUGCUUACCAUGGUCACAUAACUUACAAUGGUCGCAUAACUAAAAAAUGACAGAAGUAACAGAAAAAAAUUUAAACAAUACAAAACAGAAAACUUUUAAUAUUUACAGUGCCUAGCAGUAUUUACAACUGCUUAAUAACUAAAUAAUUUGGUUUUAUAAACUGUGUUUAUAAUUUACAUCGACCACCGUACAGAGUUUAAAAGCUAACGUUUUAUUUACGCAUAAAAGCUAUCGACUCUAAAAAUUUUGAAAUCUUAAAACGUUUGUUUUCAGCUAUUUGGGAAUAGUACACAAGGAAAGAUUAGAUUUAAAUGCUUGUCACUUAAGAAGUUAAAUGUUUCUUAUAUUAAUAGGUUUUUUUCGUUAUGACGUUUUCAACCUCAAAUUUGGCUCAUGUCCAGCACUGUGUGGGAGGAAAAGAGACACAUUGUGAAAAUUUAAGCACGGUUGUAAUUUUUGAAAUAUUUUCAUAGAAAUUGUAGUCUUCGCCGCAUGAAAACUAAAAGAAAAAGUUAGUGAUUUUUAUAGUAGCAAUAGCUUGAACAAACAGAACUUGACUGGUUAAAAAAGGUACACCAAACGAAGUAUCUUGAAAUAAUGUGUUUAAGAAAUUUAACUCUGAAAGUAGACUGUGAACUUGGCUUUCAUCCAGAGGUUGAUCUCGAUUGUUAUCCACAUAUUUAAAUUUUUUCGGCUAGAUCUAAAGUUAUGUUCAUAUCACAAAAUACAAAUUUGCAAAAUUCAUUUGGACGAGCAGAUGUUGCUAGCUUGCACGUAGUUGGCAUCUACACAACAGCUGAACGAAGAUCAACGUACUCUGAGCGUUUAGCAUGGAAGCCUAAAGUCACAGUUCUUGAUAAAAGAAGAAAACUACAUAAUUAUUUUAAUGUGAUUUAUUGGUUGCCAACACUUUGUGUACGGAGAUCUAGAUAAAAUAUUUUUUCGAGAAAUGUGACAUGAUUUCUCGUAGUCGUAAGACACUGUUCCAAUAUGUUUUUAAAAACUAUCACGGAUUAUGAUAAUUUGGAAAUUGUCCAAUUUGUAAAUACAUUUUUUUUUUUUGCAUUUCGUUAGCAUCUCGUAAAAUUGACCGUCGAAGUUCCAACUUUUACAUCUUUGUGGCAGCUUCAGAAAUGAGGGGAAUGUUUUGUCGAAGGAGUGAAAUUGAAUUAGUUGAGGUAAAUUUGGUUAAAUAUCAGAUAAGGUACUGUAUCCUCUCUAUUAUCAACCCGGAGACAAAUGUUGUAUUUUUCUGCUCUUCAGUAAUCUUCUUGAAUAAUGAAAACUACUUCGAAGGAUUAUUUUGCCUCUUUCACUAAUCCACAGGACAACAUCUGAUGAAAUUGGGCGAACAGGGGUUUCACUUUAAGCUUAAGAUAGAAUGCUAGAUAACAGUUAAUGGGAUAAAGUGGCGAACUACUGUAAUUUCAGCCAUAAUCAUAGCUCUCAUAAUUUUUAUUGUAUUUCAUAAAUGUUUUAAUUCUAAAGAGACCGAAAUAACUUACACGAUCGAUAUAAAUAUCAAUGCUUUCUUUCUUCAGAAAUUAAUUCCUCUGUGCUAGUUGUUUGAGGAAUUCUUUCAUCUGCGAUUUGAAAUUCGAGAUAUAUAUCGAUAUACAUUUUUUAAUUUUGUAGAACAUCAAAGCUUUAUUUUCAAAGCUACCUAUGCAGUAAUGUGUUUUGUAUCGCGAUUAUUUAUGACAAAAACUGCCUCGAAAUCCGAAAGUUGCAGAAACGUAAUUUUUAGCGGAUCACGGCCCACUUUUUUAGAAUAUGCCCAUUGUCAAUUAAAUCCAAUCUUUUAGUAUUUGUGUCAUAUUUAUGUCGUAGGCUUCGUUUUUUCCUCACAUUGUGAAGUUAUCGCCAAAAUUUUUAGUAAUUGGUUAGAAUUUGUGCAUAUCCAAAUCUAAAAAUUGAAAACCACCCUGGUUAAGUCUUUUUUUUUUUUUCUUAUUUCCCUCUUUCUACCAAUCUUCAUAGGAGCGUUCGUAACGGAAAUUUAGUUCUAUCUGAUUUUUCAUUUUCAUCACGCUAAUCUCCAGAUAACGACAGUUUUACACCUGAAACAUAUGAUUUUCUGUAGUGGCAGCACUGCAGUUGUACCUGAAAUCAUUUUGGGGCAAAAUCGUCAUGAUAUUGCUUUAAAACGGUAUGAACGUGCUCGUGAAAGGAUGUUUUCGUUAUGGAAUUAUAGCCCUUUCCGCUCAGCGUACGUCUGAAUUUCUAACAAAUUACACAAUUAACAUUUAGAGAAUUGCUGUUGGAGUAUGUCUUUUCUGGACAUUCAAAACUUAAUUAUACGCUGUUAUUUUCGAGGAUCAAGGUGUAUAGUUUAUUUCCAUUUUGUCCGUUCUGCUCAAGUGCCAAUUUCUAUUUUACCUAAUACGGUUAUUUUCUGGCUUCAAAUACUUCGUUUCCAGAAAAGAUUUAGUACAAAGCUAACGAGAUAAUUAAAAAUACUCAAUAGGACCUCCGCUCUAAGCUUGCGGAAGUAACAGCGGUAGUGCUUUUAUUUCCAUCAACAAUUCUCAAUGCGUCAAUUUCCAUUAGCACAUCCUUAAGUGAUUCUCAUUUGCUUAGGGCAAAAUUUGCGUUAAAAUACACUACGAUUUUAACUUCGAAAACUGAUUUCCUGUCAAAUUGAAGAGCACUCAAGAUGCCCGCAGCGCCCACUUCGCUGUUUUCGACCUCGUUUAAAAAUAAUACAUGUUGGGCGAUUCCAGAAUUGAUUUUAUUUCCUCCUUUUACUAAUUGACGAUCCGGUCAACACAAUUACCACAAAUGCUCGUUAUCAAGUUGAAAUAAGGAAAAUAAUUUUUAGAGCUAAGUUCUUUUUAGUUUCGUUUCGGCCUUUGAGAAUUUUAAACCAGCCGUUGAUUCGUGUUUUUGCGGGCUUGUCAAAGCAUACCUUGAUGUUGUACGUUUACGAUACGCUGUUUUCACUCACAGUCGAUCUAAUUCAAAUUCGUUACGCGCUAAUUGAAACGCAAAAUGAAAUACUCCACAAAGGGACCUCGGUGAACGUGUAAACACAAAUUGGCCCUAAUCCGAUCAACAUUACUAUUAUGUUUUAAAACGCACCCAGGCAUCUUUAAACAAAAAAAUAUCGCUUAGCAAGCUUGGCAAGCUUGGCAAGCUUAGCAGGAGAACGUGUGAAAACAAAAGCGGAAGCUGGGUAUCUGCAGAGGUUUAAUGUGUCUUAAGGCCUUAUAAUGGAGUGGACCCUAUUAAUUGCGCUAUUACAAUAGCGCCUUUCCGUGUACACCCUGAUAAUGAUUUGCGGCCAAGGGAAAGUAGUUACGUUAGACGCACUGCUUCAGUGGUCAAUUAUACCAGCUCUUGGAUUACAGGAAAUUCAGUGUAGAUACAUAAUCGUCAUAAGCAACGUGUAGCCGUCAAACCACACAACCGAUGACCACUUAGCUUAAGAUUGAAGAGAGAUUUUUGGUGAGCAGUCUUUUCAACCUCUUAAAACUUAAUAAGUUAUUGUUUUCUUUUAUGAAGCAACACUGUUGAGGAAAAUUCGGCUCGUGGAGCUUCUAUUUUACACGGUUUUUGUCAUAUCUUGUCAUCAUGGGUAAAUCAGAUUGUUUUACUUUCAAUCGGUUCUUUUCUACCAUUUCACAUCGACUUUACCAAACGCUUCGAGGUCUAGAUUUAUGAGUAAUACAUGAGUUAGGCGAGUUUUUGUUUUUUGUAAUCCUAAAUUGCUCUUCAAACUCAAGGGGCAUCUGUGACGCGGCGCAGAAGCUAGCGCUGCUGAUUCAAAAACCUACAGUUAAAAGUAAGCUGAUUUUUUUUGUUCUUUAUUCAUUCCUCAGAUGAGUUGAAACGCGUUGAUCAUGACAGAUAAUCUCACGGGGGACAGUUCAAAUGACGGAUUGAACAACAUGCCCAAAGAUUCAUUUUACUACAUUCGACUCGUGUGUUACGUGAUCAUCUUUAUCGUUGGUGUUGUUGGAAACAUUUUAGUCUGUUUGGUAGUUUGUCGUCAGCGAAAAAUGAAAAACGUCACAAACUAUUUCAUCUUCAACUUGGCCGUGAGUGAUCUCUUCGUGUUACUGAUUUGCAUUCCCUUUGACUUCGGCGAGAUUGUAACUGGAAAUUUCCCUUACGGAGCUGUAAUGUGCAGACUCAUUUAUCCUCUACAAACCAUGGCAGCAACAGCAUCUGUUGGCACGCUUGUAGCUAUUAGUCUGAAUAGGUGAGUUGGGUUUAUUUUCUUUUGUUUUUUUCGCAUUGAUUCAUUCCACUGGACCGAUAACGAGCUGCGAAUGUUCUGUAUUAAUGAUAUUCGCUUUGAUCUGCGUCAAGGGUGUAUAAAUCCUGUAGCUACGUACAGUUGUAGAACCUUUUUUUUUGGUCAUCUCGAAUUCAAAUUGAGAGAAAUCACUUUACUUUUUGUUGAAAUAAAACGACAUGUCAAAUAAUUCCAAAUUCUGGCGCAUGUGGUGUUUUUCCUAGAUUUAAGGUAAAAUGCAGUGCCAAAUAGUGUAUGGUUUCGUUUAUCUCAACGAUAAAAUGUUGUUUUUACGUCAAACGAUUUUUUUUUCUUACACCGGAAAUAUGAAUGGGCGCUGGCUAGAUUUAUGAGAAGGAAACAGUUUAAUCAGCUGACAAAACUAACAUAUACCUAAAUGAAUAUUACUCCAGUUUGGGAACACAUCUUCAUGCAUUUUACGGAGUGAGAGCUCAUUUUAUAUAUUAAUGGCCUUCUGUUUUCCUCUCGGUUCAUUAUUGCCACAUGCAUAUUAUUUUCUACUGUUUUCGGAGACGAUAAGAAUACACACCAAGUGUUUGGCCUGCCUUGCUAAUUCAUUCAUGCUGAAUAAGUUGAAUAUUGCAUUUACCGUUGGUGAACUUUGAAAGCAAACAGCACUUUCCUUGUUAAAGAAGUGUCACUGUUUUUGUCAGCUAAAAGAGGUUUUAAUCAUUCGGUCCUAAUACAAAGUAAAGAGACUUUUCAACAGCUUAUUGUAAUCACAGUAAUUACACGGCGACUGUCCAUUAAGGGCUUAGGAAAACAAUAGAUAAAAACCUAUUUACGACUUCUGAAAGCUGAAAAUGGGCAAAUGAUUGUUUAUGCACUGUUAAAAGUCGUUGCUGAAAAUGUUUUAAUCUGCCUAAGAGAUAUUUCUGUGCGAUAGCACGUUCUGUGGCUACAAUAUGCUUUUUUUAUUUAAAAAUCUGUAAUUGAAACCCUUUUUGAUGAAAAUGAAGCAAUUGAGACUAGAGUAUAUUGUGAAGUACGUUCAUGAGGCACCGUUUAUUGUGGUAAACGUUUGAAUAAAGCUAUUGAGGAGUUCUUUGAUGUGAUACUGUUUAUUCUGCUGUGCGAGGUGAUUGUAACGUUUAGGUCUGUGGAUGAAAACCCGGUGUGUAACUAUUCAAAUGAACGCUUCUGCGCGUUCUCGUCCUUCAAUAUCAAAAACAAAUGUUUUAUACAUUUUGGCCGUAAACGUAAACAUCGCGUUUGCAGUCCGAUUGCCGGUAGUUUUAAAUCACUAUUUUUUUUCCCUCUCAAGUUUGAAAAUUUUGGUACAGUAGGAGGGAAGAUCUAAAGAUUACUUUUGCCUCAAAAUUAACCUAAACAUAUUUUUACGCCUGAAAAAGCGUGUCCGCCCACGUUGCAUUGACGUACAGAGACCCACAAACAUGGUGCAGUUAUUACAUUUACUUGGCCAACCCACGCCGCGCAAAAAUUAAACAUUAUGUUCAAAUCGCUACAAAAUACACAAUCAGAUUGUUUCUUUCUUACAGUGGAUCUCCUGAUCAGAUUAGAGACUUUAAUAUAAACAACCCAGAUUGAUGAUUACUCGUAAUGCUACUCGAGGCGAAAAGUUAAUCCGCUAUGCGGUGACAAAGACAUGUUAUCGCCUAGAUGCAUUUCUCAGGAAACACAAGCGACGAUCGUAAGUGUGACUUAGAAACAGCUCAAUUAAUGGACACACGGAAUUAUUUGUUUUUAUUUCAUACAUCCAUGUGGUUCCUGCUCGAUGAAAGGAAUAGAAAAAUUCAUUUGGAGAAUUGAAGAAAAUUAAAAACGGAACGGAUUUCUAAUUCGUGUCCACACGCAUUAAAUAUAUGAUCAAUCAGCGAUUGAAAAAAAAAAAUCACAAAAUGAGUUCCAACGCUUGUAGAACAAUGAACAGCGACUCUUCGGCGACAUAGUCUUGUUAUCGGUACAAUAUAUUUUAAGCUCUGGUAGAGAACGCGUUGAAAUAUUCCAUCUGUCUUUACUGAUGGAAUUGGUUGUUUUAAGGUUUUUUAUUGUAAUUCGUUUUUCUCGGUGAUCGAUAAUAUUUAGAUCUAACAUGGCAAACAUCGCUUAUCAGUUUUCUAACUUCACCCUUGGAUAUCCCUGAGCAAGCUGAUUUCAUAUUUAAAUCAACAUAGAACCGAAAUCAGAGCUUGGGCACAAUUAUCGACAAGGGAUUAUACGACGGUCAUGGUCUUAUUAUUUGUGAUCUAAUAAACAGUAACUGGAAUAGAAUUGAAUUCAGUUUUAACUGAAAAUAUGACCCAUUUUAAAACUGCAUGUCACAGUCGAAGAGAAACAAAGUUAAACUUCUCGCAUUGUGGGGAUGUAAAAAUUACAACAAGUUUUUAAGAUUAUUGGUCCGAAUUUUGUGGUGUUUUUUUAGCUCGUUUUGUUUCAAACCUUUCACGCUCUGUUUUACAUUUAGGUUUUGCUACCCGAAUAAUUGAAGCGAAUUUUGUUGUUUUUGUACACCGGUUGACGGUAUUGAUUGAUUUCACAAAGAAUAAAUAUUUAAAGAUAUGAUAUUUAGUCUGAAAUAUUGGAGAACAAAAACUGAACUAAGAAAAUGCUUUCGUCUUAUUUGCAUGUAAAAUCACCAGCUGAUCGAAAUAUUUCUUGCCACAAGCAAAAGGCGAAAUAAAGCUGUUGUCACAUCGCGGAUGGCGCUCAGUCAAGGCGGAACCUCUUGAUGCGCAGUUACAUGUAUUCCACGCACAAGCACAAAAUGCUUCAAAGCAUAAAUAGCAGCAAAAACAACUGAACAUAUCAUUUCUUUAUUAAAAUCAUUCCAGUUGUCCCUAACCCUAACUUUAACCUACAGGUUCAUGGCAGUCGUGUAUCCACUCCGUCCGCAGCUACAGACUCGUGACGCAAAGAAAGUUAUUGGCAUAAUUUGGGUUUUUGCAUUAGCUCUGGUGUCGCCAUACAUUGCCGUUUUGGAGAUGAACGCUGCUGGUACUCAGUGCCAAGAAUAUUUCCACGAAAAAGGGCUGAACGCUGGCGGUUAUACCAUUUCGAUCUUCCUUCUGCAGUACGUCGUCCCGUUAUCCAUCAUUGGACUCUCGUAUAUAAGGUAGAGGAACGGUGCAAUUGAUUAUUCACUCUAUUUAUUAACUCCUCCGCACGUCCGACCGUCUGUCAAUCCGUCAAUCCAUCCAUUCCUCUCUUCCUUCCUUCCUUCUUCCGUCCUUUCGUCUAGCCUUCCUCCUAACCUGCCAGAAAAACCGGAAAAUUUAUGGCGGAGCGCGCGAAACUUGGUUGGAAACAACUUCGCCACGCGUCUUAGUUCCUCGCGUGCGUUUUUCCCGUGCACGACUUCCUCCACGCGUGCAUCUCUUAAACGCACACCUAACUUCCACUUUUUGUUCUGAUAGAAUUGGCCGCGAUCUUCGCAAGGACAAAGGGUCGUAUUCAAACGAUGCCCUUCAGCGCGACCAGGAAAAGGAAGCGCAUAAAGUAAUGAAGAUUCUCACUGUUGUUGUAAUUGUCUUUGCUUUGCUGAUGCUUCCUAAUCACAUUUACUUCUUGUGGUACGACUUUGGUAAAGGAGGUAAGUGUCGAAAGCAAAAUAUGUUUUAAAUACUCACGUUCUUUAGGCAUUCGCUGUACGCAAAGGCUCGUCAUGUGCAUUUUAAGUUAGAUGUAACAAGUUCUCCUCAUUUUGCCGUCAAACACCUGCACACUAAUAUAUUUUCAUGUUCCUGGCUGUUCAUCAAAGAUCUUGUAAAUAACAACACGUUCUCAAUUUCCCAUUUGCUGUCUUCUUCCUUUUUGUAACUUAACUUCCGAUUGUUUCCCUUUCCUCACUCCACGAAAUCAAUGAUUCAUUGUCGCCUUCUACGUCUCGGUUAUCCCUCAUUUACCUCUGUCUGUUCCUUUUCCUUUCCACCAUUCCUUGACUCUCGAAUUGUCAGUACUUUCUCCCGUGCUUCUCGUUUAAGAAUUUUUACCAUGAACUUGCGACGAUUGCUUUGUCAGUUUUUCCAUCUUUUUCCAUCAGAAGGCGACUACCCUCAUGCUGAUGGCAUCAGACAGAUCUGUCAGAUUUGUGUUUACGCAAACAGCGCCGCCAAUCCGCUCAUUUACAACGCCGUCAACGAACAGUUCCGAGAGGGCUUCAAAACAUAUUUCCGCUCGUGGAUAGAGUGCGUCCUCAAGAUCAAAAGGAGCAAAAGGAGGGAUGACCUAAAAGUGACCAACAGACGGAAUGGGGCCAAACCCAUAGGAACAUGCACCAUGUGUGGGAGCAGCGAUACAUCCCUGGAUGGAACUCUUUAUUCUCAGAAGCAACAGCUACAAGUCAACAAUAAUGGCGGGGCUCAAAUCUCGAUGAACGGAACAACAGAUACUAAGGACUCAAUUGAAUCUGAGGCGGACAAAGUCGAGGAACAUAAAGAGUUGUUGACAUCCGUGUAA